AUGCAGAAAGGUAAACAGAACGCGAAGAUCACCAAGAUAGAACAGCAGGUGUCAUGUCCCGUUUGUAAGAAACAGGUACCGUAUUCGAGGAUUAAUGCACAUGUCGAUAUACACAUGCAUAGAUCGUCACUCAAAUCUGGGUUAGCUGAUAGUGCUGGUUCUCGAAACGAUAAGACUUCCAUCACAGACAUUUUGAGCGGCAGUCAGCCACCGAUGAAGAGAAGGAAACCAGACUCCAGCCAGUCAGUUAUUAAAUUAGACGAUGAUGGGGAAGAGGAGCAGGACGAGGGGCAAAGUUUGGCGACCACUGGAGCUAUUUCCCUUGUUAAAAUCGAGGAUUCCGACGUGCAAAAGCCAAAGGAUAAGGUACGAGUUGAUAACAAUGAUACGAACAGCCUUCGAUAUUUACAAAGGAUUAGCAGUUUGCCCCUCUCCGAGAAACUGCGUCCCAAAACGCUGCAAGAUUAUGUAGGUCAGCAACAUAUCCUGUCCUCUACCACUGGUACUCUUUACAAAUACAUCCAAUUGGACCAAAUACCUUCUAUGAUUCUGUGGGGCCCACCUGGUGUGGGUAAAACGUCUUUGGCACGUCUUCUUACAAAAUCCGUUGAUGGGAAGUAUUUGAUGAUUGAAACAAGCGCUACGAAAUCCAAUACGCAAGAACUCAAGGCCGUGUUUGAAAAGGCCAAGGCGGAGUACCGUUUGACGAAAAGAAGAGUCAUUCUCUUCAUUGAUGAGAUUCACAGAUUCAACAAACCGCAACAGGACCUGUUGCUGCCGCACGUAGAGAACGGUGAUAUAGUUUUGAUCGGCGCAACCACAGAAAAUCCAAGUUUCCAAUUGAACAAUGCGUUGAUAAGUCGAUGCCAUGUAUUUGUGCUUGAGAAGCUUAGCUCUUCGGAGUUGGGACUUGUACUGAAUAGAGCUAUAGCGUUGUUGAAUAAACUCCGGACGUUUAUAUGGCAUUGCUCUCGACCUUUGAAAUUGGCAAAGGACGCCAUAGAAUACAUUGAAGAUGUGUGCAUCGGAGAUACGAGGCGGGCGCUGAACCUCUUGGAGAUGGUAGAGAUCUCCUCUAGAAGGAGCAAAAAGGGCGAUGACGAGGAUUUCACGUUGUCAACAGAAGAGGUCCGCAACAUUAUAAAGAACAACAGCAGCAACGGACUAAACAGCUACUACGAUCCGAAGGGCGAUAAUCAUUACGAUACGAUCUCGGCGUUCCACAAGUCUGUGAGGGGCAGUGACGAAAAUGCAGCCCUGUACUAUCUCGGCCGGAUGCUAAAAGGUGGUGAGGAUCCGCUGUACAUUGCGCGACGGAUGAUUCGCAUUGCAAGCGAGGACAUCGGAAUUCGUGAUAACACAAUGCUGCCUCUGGCGAUUGCUGCGCACGACGCGGUGAUGAAAGUUGGGUUACCGGAGGCUGACAUGGCUCUCGUGCAGUGUUGUGUCUCGUUGGCCAGGGCGCCGAAGUCUGUAGAGAUUUACAGGGCGUGGAACAAGCUGAAGAGCAUGCUCGACGAAAACAAGUACUCCAUGUGCAGCAGCGAGAUCCCAAUGCAUAUUCGUAACGCACCAACAAAACUGAUGGAGGAUAUUGGGUAUUCAAAGGGGUACAAGUACAACCCUGACUACAAAGACGGUAAAGUAGCGCAGAUGUAUUUCCCACAAGAGAUUCUAGACCAAUGCGAGGACAAGACCACUCUGAAGUUUCUCACGGGUAAGCAUCUCGGGUCGAAGAUGGACCCGGAUCUGGAGCUGCAGGACAAAUGA